AGAGGCGGGGCUGGGGGGGCGGGGACCAGCGGGCACUGAUCCGGUGGACCGCGUAGCGGACAUGGCGAGCUCCCGGGUCCCACAGCAGCUUUUCCUGCAGGGUGUGGCCGCUGUCUACACGUUUGCCUUUGCGUCCCUCUACACCCAGAUCCCAGGCCUCUAUGGCCCAGAGGGCAUCCUUCCUGCUCGAAGAACACUGCGACCCCAAGGCAAAGGUCGGUGGCAGCAGCUGUGGGCAACACCAACACUUCUCUGGGAGGCACCAAGACUGGGGCUGGAUACUGCCCAGGCUCUGGAUCUACUGACCCUAGUGGGCACCGUGGUAGCACUGGGUGCCCUGCUCCUGAACUCUCUGAGACACCCCCUCACCUACCUGCUGCUCUGGGUUGCCUACUUAUCAACCUGCCAGGUGGGCCAAGUGUUCCUUUAUUUCCAGUGGGAUUCCCUGCUGCUGGAGACAGGCUUCCUGGCUAUACUAGUAGCCCCAUUGAAGAAGCCUUCCAACUACAAGGCCCCCCAGGGUGGACUAGCAGGGGCCUUACCCCAUGAAAACCUCCCAUUCUGGCUCGUGCGCUGGCUGCUGUUUCGACUCAUGUUUGCCUCUGGUGUGGUCAAGCUGACCAGCCGCUGCCCUGCGUGGUGGGGACUUACCGCUCUCACCUACCACUAUGAGACACAGUGCCUGCCCACGCCAGCUGCCUGGUUUGCCCACCACCUGCCAGUCUGGCUGCACAAGCUCAGUGUGGUGGCCACCUUCCUCAUCGAGAUCGCAGUGCCUCCCCUGUUCUUUGCUCCUGUUCGCCGCCUACGGUUGACCGCCUUUUAUGCUCAGGUACUAUUGCAAGUCCUGAUCAUCAUUACUGGUAACUACAAUUUCUUCAAUCUGCUAACCUUGGUGCUUACCACUUCCCUCCUGGAUGACCGGCACCUGUCUGCUGAGCCUGGCCUCGGGAGCCACAAGAAGAUGCCUACCUCCUGGCCUAAGGCCCUGCUGACCAUGUUCUCCGUACUGCUGGAACUGACUGCCUAUGGGUUGCUGGCCUAUGGCACCGUGUUCUACUUUGGCCUGGAGGUUGACUGGCAGCAGCGUAUCAUCCUCUCUAAAACCACCUUCACCUUCCACCAGUUUUCCCAGUGGCUGAAGAUGGUAACUCUGCCUACGGUGUGGCUGGGGGCAGCCUCCCUGGCCUGGGAAUUGCUUAUUGCCCUCUGGAGGUGGAUCCAGGUGCAAGGAUGGCUACGGAAGAUCUUGGCCAGCAUCCAGCUCUCCAUCCUGGGCACUGCCACAGUGGCCAUGUUCUUGAUAAGCCUAGUACCUUACUCCUAUAUGGAGCCUGGGACCCACGGGCAUCUCUGGACUGGAGCUCAUCGUCUGUUCAGUUCUGUGGAGCAUCUACAGCUGGCCAGCUCGUAUGGCCUCUUCCGUCGGAUGACUGGUCUGGGUGGGCGGCCUGAAGUGGUGCUGGAGGGCAGCUAUGAUGGACAGCAUUGGACCGAGAUAGAAUUCAUGUACAAACCUGGGAAUGUGAGCCGACCACCCCCUAUCGUGAUACCCCACCAGCCACGCCUUGAUUGGCAGAUGUGGUUUGCAGCCCUUGGCCCACAUACACACAGUCCCUGGUUCACCAGCCUGGUGCUACGUCUCCUGCAGGGCAAAGAGCCAGUAAUCCGCCUGGUGCAGAACCAUGUUGCCAAGUACCCCUUUCAUGAGCAGCCACCCACCUACGUGCGGGCCCAGCGCUAUAAGUACUGGUUCUCAAAGCCUGGGGAGCAGAACCAAUGGUGGCACCGCCAGUGGGUAGAAGAAUUCUUCCCACCUGUAUCCCUGGGGCACCCAACGCUGGAAACGCUGCUCCAACAGUUUGGACUUAAGGAUAAGAGUCCACUCCGGGCCCGAAGCUCAGGCAAUGCUCUGGCUAAGACACUGAGCUGGGUGCGCACGCAGCUGUCUCCUCUGGAGCCUCCCAUCCUGCUAUGGGGGCUUAUGGGAGCUGUGGCGACUGUCAAGGUUGUACAGACCCUGCUUGCCCCCCGCCCACUCCAGUCCUCAAAACCGUCUAGAGAGGAAAAACGUAAGCAGACUUCCAAAAAGGAUCCCAGAGCUGCCUCUGAGCGGGCUGCGGUAGCCCCCAACAGCAACAGCAGUGACGCUGGGGCCUCCCGGAGGAAAAAAUAGCUUGAGGUGCCGUCAGCCUGUGUCCUGAUAGUCAGAUCUCAGCAUCCCAGCCCAUCGCAUGUCACCGCGCAGCCACUGUGACUUAGGCAGGCCUGCCAGGGCAGAUGCAGCUUGAAGUGCCGCCCCUGAGGACCGCUGGUGUUACCUUGAACCCUGCUGUCCCUCUGCACCAGCCACGUCUUCCUCGUCUUCCUCUAGUCACGUUCCACUGUGUUGGCAGACAGCCCGGAAACUGGCAGGUAACCUCGCUCAGGACUUUCCUGGAACACUGUAAUCAGUGCACCUGUGGAUGUAGAGGCCUGAGUCUGGAGCCCUAUCCAACCCCACUGGAGGGGAUGAGCUGGAUUUGCUGAGGCUAGGAGCCAAGAGAAGUGGGCCCAUGGGAUGGUGCCUACCUGCCCCUGAGACUGUACCAAUAAAGACACUGUUUUGUACAUA